UUGCUUUUAUUUUCUUGUGCGCAGUGGUGUGUGUGUGUAAUUGUAUAUUUACCUAUUUGCGACGACUCGGUUCGUUCCCUUCGUUGGCAGCCCAGGUUCCGUGACUGUCUCAUUGAGGAGCAACAAAUGUAUCCACAUUCGUGACCCGCAAUGGAUGUGAAACGCUGCCCGAGGUGUCCGUUCUCAUCCCCUCAAUUUACGAAGAUUGUAAGCCACAUAGGUUUAGCCCACAGCGCUGAACCUGGAUUCAGGAUUUUUUGUGGUAUUGGCGGCUGUGCAAACACAUACAAAAUUUUUUCCUCAUACCGUUCGCACCUCUACCGUCAGCACAAGGAUGUGCUAGAGGAGAGUGGAAGCAACUUUUCAGGCUCUCAUUCUGCGGCAACUGACAAUGUCAGCUGUUCGCUGUUCGAUCAGUUCUGCCCUGAGUACCCUUCUGAUGUGAACUGUGCGGAGGGAAUAAAUGGCGGGGAUCAGGCAAAGCAGCCGCCGCAGAAGAGCAGUGCAACGCAAAGCAACGGUCAACGUACCUUUGUAGAGCAAGCGAAGAGCACCUUGUGGAACUUUUUUUUUAGUGUGAUUGAUCAGCACAGCUUGCCACACACUGCUGUGGAAAAAUUAUUUUCAGAACUGCGCUUUGUUUUUGAGCAGUUGUUUGUCGCGUACGCGAAUGAAAUAUCAAAUGCCAUGUCAACAUCUCAGCCAACAUCUAUCCUGAAUGAUUUGCUGAAAUGUAAUUUUGUUGAACAAAUUUUCAGUGGCCUGCAAAGCAGGCGAAAGAGGGAUAAAUAUGCGGAGAUGAAUUUCCCUCUUGUUGCACCGAAGCAACAGAUCAUUGGCCAAAAUUCUAAAUAUCACUAUGUGCCACUGCCUAAGCUCCUUUCUGUUCUUUGCAAUGUACCAGACAUUGCUGCUCACCUAACAACGCCAGAGGCUGAGAACCACACACCUACGGUCUACAGAGAUUUUACAGAUGGCCAGCUGUACCGACAGCACCUUCGGUCUCUUGUCUCAUCAACAACAACACACACAAUUGUUCUUUUAUUUUACUCAGACGAAAUAGAGAUCGUCAAUCCGCUGGGUGCCAAGCGAGGCAAGCACAAGCUUCUGGCUGUUUACUGUACUCUUUUAAAUCUUCAUGUCAAAUACAGGUCGCAACUGCGUAAUAUCUAUCUGGUGAUGAUUGUACGGUACAUUGAUGUUAAUCAGUACGGCCUGAAAGCUAUUUUACAGCCACUAGUAGAUGAUCUUAAGCACCUGUAUGAGCAUGGCAUGAGCUUUAAUUUGGAUGGCAUGGAGCAGCGUGCUGAGGUGCUUGUUUUCGGCUUUUGCGGUGACAACCUAUCACUGAACCACUUGGGAGGUUUUUCAUGUUGUUUUAGCAGCGGUCGAGUGUGCAGAUUUUGCAUGGUGUCUUCAAAACAGCUUGCAGACAAAACUAGUGAUGAUGUGUGUCAAGCACGUACGGCAAACAGGCACCAGCUCCAUCUACAAGCACUUGCUGUAAGCAGCCUUUAUAACAAGCGUCUAUAUGGUGUGAACGAAGAGUCGCCACUUCUUGAACUGCCUUACUUUGACGUCACCCGCCAGCUGCCCCUCUUUGACUGUGAAAAGAUCUUUCAAGUUUGCCAGUCAUUAGGAAGAACUUUGGUGGCAUAAUAACAAAGAGUGGUGAAAGGUUUACUCUAAGAACUUCAGCAGGGAGGUUGGCCAGACGGUACUUCCUAGGGCAGUAGAAAUUUACAAAUGCAGUAGUGUGUUCUCCUUCAGAAAGAUUCACAAGCCUGGUACUCUUUCCAUGUCUUUUUUCCUUUGUGUAAGUCUAGAUGCGUAAGUGUAUGAUAUGUGUACUGUAAAGUAUUGUGAAGUGUAAAGUGCUUGUGUACUAUGUUUGAAGCACUGUUUUUGCCAUUACUUUUAUUACUUUUAUGUGAGAAAGACUAGCCCUUAAAGCACAAAUCUUGAUGUGUACCGUGAGGCCUGGGAUCUUCAUGAAAUAAAGUUUUUUAUGUAUUAUGUC